GGUGGCGGUGGCGGCAUGAGCCGAGCCCCGACGACGGGGAAAAUGCCCGGCGCCCCCGAGGCCGUGCCGGGGGACGGGGCCGGCGCUAGCCGCCAGAGGAAGCUGGAGGCGCUCAUCCGAGACCCUCGCUCUCCCAUCAACGUGGAGAGCCUGCUGGAUGGCUUAAAUUCCUUGGUCCUCGAUUUAGACUUUCCCGCUUUAAGGAAAAAUAAGAAUAUAGAUAACUUCUUAAAUAGAUAUGAGAAAAUUGUGAAAAAAAUCAGAGGUUUACAGAUGAAAGCAGAAGACUACGAUGUUGUAAAAGUUAUUGGAAGAGGUGCUUUUGGUGAAGUCCAAUUGGUUCGUCAUAAGGCAUCGCAGAAGGUUUAUGCUAUGAAGCUUCUUAGUAAGUUUGAAAUGAUAAAAAGAUCAGACUCUGCUUUUUUCUGGGAAGAACGAGAUAUUAUGGCCUUUGCCAAUAGUCCCUGGGUGGUUCAGCUGUUUUGUGCCUUUCAAGAUGACAGGUAUUUGUACAUGGUAAUGGAAUACAUGCCUGGUGGAGACCUUGUAAACCUUAUGAGUAAUUAUGAUGUGCCUGAAAAAUGGGCCAAAUUUUAUACUGCUGAAGUUGUGCUUGCACUGGAUGCAAUACACUCCAUGGGCUUAAUACACAGAGAUGUGAAGCCUGACAACAUGCUCUUGGAUAAACAUGGACAUCUAAAAUUAGCAGAUUUUGGCACAUGUAUGAAGAUGGAUGAAACUGGCAUGGUGCAUUGCGAUACAGCAGUUGGAACACCUGAUUACAUAUCACCUGAAGUUCUGAAAUCACAAGGGGGUGAUGGCUACUAUGGGCGAGAAUGUGAUUGGUGGUCUGUAGGUGUCUUUCUUUUUGAAAUGCUGGUGGGGGAUACUCCAUUUUAUGCAGAUUCACUGGUAGGAACUUACAGCAAAAUUAUGGAUCAUAAAAAUUCACUGUGUUUCCCUGAAGAUGCCGAAAUUACUAAGCAUGCGAAGAAUCUCAUCUGUGCCUUCCUAACAGAUAGGGAGGUACGACUUGGGAGAAAUGGGGUAGAAGAAAUCAAACAGCAUCCUUUCUUUAAGAAUGAUCAGUGGAAUUGGGAUAACAUAAGAGAGACGGCUGCUCCAGUAGUGCCUGAACUCAGCAGUGAUAUAGACAGCAGCAAUUUUGAUGACAUUGAAGAUGAUAAAGGAGAUGUAGAAACUUUUCCAAUUCCUAAAGCUUUUGUGGGAAACCAGCUGCCUUUUAUAGGAUUUACCUACUUUAGAGAAAAUUUGUUAUUAAGUGAUUCUCCACCUUGUAGAGAAAAUGAUUUAAUACAGUCAAGGAAAAGUGAAGAAUGUCAGGAGAUUCAGAAAAAAUUAUAUACACUAGAAGAACACCUUAACAGUGAAACACAAGCCAAGGAAGAGCUAGAGCUGAAGUGCAAAUCUAUUAAUACUCGCCUUGAGAAAACAGCAAAGGAGCUAGAAGAUGAGAUUACCUUAAGAAAAAAUGUGGAAUCAGCAUUAAGACAGUUGGAAAGAGAAAAGGCUCUUCUGCAGCAUAAAAAUGCAGAGUAUCAACGGAAAGCUGACCAUGAAGCUGAUAAGAAACGAAAUUUGGAAAAUGAUGUUAAUAGCUUGAAAGAUCAGCUUGAAGAUUUAAAAAAAAGAAAUCAGAACUCUCAAAUAUCCACCGAGAAAGUCAAUCAACUACAAAAACAACUGGAUGAGGCCAAUGCUUUGCUGCGAACAGAAUCUGAUACUGCAGCCCGGUUAAGAAAAACCCAGGCAGAAAGUUCAAAACAGAUUCAGCAGCUGGAAUGUAACAAUAGAGAUCUACAGGAUAAAAACUGCCUGCUGGAGACUGCUAAAUUAAAGCUGGAAAAGGAAUUUAUCAAUCUUCAGUCAGCUCUAGAAUCUGAAAGAAGGGACCGGACCCAUGGAACAGAGAUAAUUAAUGAUUUACAAGGUAGAAUAUCUGGCCUAGAAGAAGAUUUAAAGAAUGGCAAACUCUUACUAACAAAAGUAGAAUUAGAGAAGAGACAAUUGCAAGAAAAGUUCACAGAUCUGGAAAAGGAAAAGAGCAACAUGGAAAUAGAUAUGACAUACCAACUAAAAGUUAUACAGCAGAGCUUAGAACAAGAAGAAGCUGAGCACAAGACCACAAAAGCACGACUAGCAGAUAAAAACAAGAUCUAUGAAUCUAUUGAAGAAGCUAAAUCAGAAGCCAUGAAAGAAAUGGAGAAGAAGCUCUUGGAGGAAAGGUCUUUAAAGCAGAAAGUAGAGAACCUAUUGCUUGAAGCUGAGAAAAGAUGCUCUAUUCUGGAUUGUGAUCUCAAACAAUCACAGCAGAAGUUAAAUGAGCUCCUUAAACAGAAAGAUGUGUUAAAUGAGGAUGUUAGAAAUUUAACAUUGAAAAUAGAGCAGGAAACACAGAAGCGCUGUCUUAUGCAAAAUGACUUGAAGAUGCAAACCCAGCAAGUUAACACACUAAAAAUGUCAGAAAAACAGUUAAAACAAGAGAACAAUCAUCUCAUGGAAAUGAAAUUGAACUUGGAAAAGCAAAAUGCUGAACUUAGAAAAGAACGCCAAGAUGCAGAUGGGCAGAUGAAGGAACUCCAAGAUCAACUUGAAGCUGAGCAGUAUUUUUCUACCCUCUAUAAAACACAAGUUAGAGAACUUAAAGAGGAAAGUGAAGAAAAGACUAAACUUUGUAAAGAAUUACAGCAGAAGAAACAGGAGUUACAAGAUGAAAGAGAUUCCUUGGCUGCCCAACUGGAGAUCACCUUAACUAAAGCAGAUUCUGAGCAGCUGGCUCGUUCAAUUGCUGAAGAACAAUAUUCUGAUUUGGAAAAAGAGAAAAUCAUGAAGGAGCUGGAGAUCAAAGAGAUGAUGGCACGGCACAAACAGGAACUUACCGAAAAAGAUGCUACAAUUGCAUCUCUUGAAGAAACAAAUAGGACACUAACUAGUGAUGUUGCCAAUCUUGCAAAUGAGAAAGAAGAAUUAAACAACAAAUUGAAAGAUGCUCAAGAACAACUGUCAAAGAUGAAAGAUGAAGAGAUAAGUGCAGCAGCUAUUAAAGCCCAGUUUGAGAAGCAGCUGUUGACAGAGAGGACACUCAAGACUCAAGCUGUGAAUAAGUUGGCUGAGAUCAUGAAUCGAAAAGAACCUGUCAAGCGUGGUAGUGACACAGAUGUGCGAAGGAAAGAAAAGGAGAAUAGAAAGCUACAUAUGGAGCUCAAAUCUGAACGUGAAAAAUUGACGCAGCAGAUGAUCAAGUAUCAAAAAGAACUGAAUGAAAUGCAGGCUCAAAUAGCUGAAGAGAGCCAAAUUCGAAUUGAACUUCAAAUGACACUGGACAGUAAAGACAGUGACAUUGAGCAGCUGCGCUCACAACUCCAGGCCUUGCAUAUUGGUUUGGACAGUUCCAGUAUAGGGAGUGGACCUGGGGAUGCUGAGGUAGAUGAUGGAUUUCCAGAAUCAAGAUUAGAAGGAUGGUUGUCAUUGCCUGUACGAAACAACACUAAAAAAUUUGGAUGGGUUAGAAAGUAUGUGAUUGUAAGCAGUAAGAAGAUUCUUUUCUAUGACAGUGAACAGGAUAAAGAACAAUCUAACCCUUACAUGGUUUUAGAUAUAGACAAGUUGUUUCAUGUCCGACCAGUUACACAGACAGAUGUCUACAGAGCAGAUGCUAAAGAAAUUCCAAGGAUAUUUCAGAUUCUCUAUGCCAACGAAGGAGAAAGUAAGAAAGAGCAAGAAUUUCCAGUGGAACCAGUGGGAGAAAAAUCUAACUAUAUUUGCCACAAAGGACAUGAAUUUAUUCCUACUCUUUAUCACUUUCCAACCAAUUGUGAGGCUUGUAUGAAACCACUUUGGCAUAUGUUUAAACCCCCUCCUGCUUUAGAAUGCCGUCGCUGCCAUAUUAAAUGUCAUAAAGAUCAUAUGGACAAAAAAGAGGAAAUUAUAGCACCUUGCAAAGUUUAUUACGAUAUAUCAUCGGCAAAGAAUCUGUUGUUAUUAGCAAAUUCUACAGAAGAGCAGCAGAAGUGGGUUAGUCGAUUAGUGAAAAAGAUACCUAAAAAGCCUCCAGCUCCAGACCCGUUUGCACGGUCAUCUCCAAGAACUUCAAUGAAGAUACAACAGAAUCAGUCUAUCAGGCGGCCCAGUCGACAGCUUGCCCCAAACAAACCAAGCUAACUGCCUUCUAUGAAAGCAGUCAUUCAAGGUGAUCAUAUUCUUCCAGCUAAAACAAGACUGAAAUAUGAUGGCCCAAAAUUUAUUGAAAAGCUAUAUUUUACUGAGAGACUGAUACACACAGUCUCUCUUUCUCCCUCCGUCUCUCUCCCUCCAUCUCUCCCUCCCUUUUUUUCCUGUAAUAUAAGUUACAAAUCAUGGAGAGGUUUUCUGCCCCCUUUGAAACAAGCUGAACCAACAGUGAUUGGUUAGGAGAAUACAGACAUUUCUUAUGGCUCUUUUGGCAGUCAACUCACACUACAUUGCACAAAAGGAUUGAGAAGAGUAAAGAAAUCUCUUCAACUUCAACAGAGUUUUCACCAGCACAUUUACCAGAAGAAUCUGGAGAUGGACCCCACUAUAGUGAUGUCAACUGUGUCUUUGAUAAAUGACCGUGACAUUUUGUGUAUGUAUGUGUGCAUAUGUGUGUAUAAAUAUAUAUAUAUGUAAUUAUGAGUUUGAUCAUCAUAUAUGCACACAUACAUACACAUAGUACUGUAAUAUUGCAAGAAGUUUUUUAAACUCACCAUUUUAUUUUUCUACACAUUAAUCCGAUAUCAUUACUUCAGUUGCAACUAUGCAUUUGUAUAAAGCCAUAAUGUUGGAGUUUCAUUCCCUCACUCAUAUGUACCCAAUGGGAGCUGCAUGUCAUUCAAGCAAUUACUGUAACAGAAGUUUAAAGUUAGUUAUAUCAGUUUCCUAAUGCUUAUGGUAGGCAACUCCACCCAGUUUGAAUACCUUAAUUUUUUUUUGAAAUCUCAACCCUUUUCUGUAUGUAAGGAAAAAAAAAAAAAACAAAGUGUUUACCAGCUCCUAGGAUGCAAACAAACUUGCUUUGUGGAUGUAAAAUAGUGUGCUGUUUUACAUGUAUUAAUGUAUUUGGUCAUAGAAGCAGUAAUGGAUUGCAUUGGAAUGAAUAUGUGAUGAGCAUCUGUUACUCAUCCAAGCUUUCUUACAGACUUCAGGAUCAGUCUAUGACUACAGAAUGUCUCCUUUGCUUUGAAUUUGCUGGUUACCCUUGAUGUUUUUAUUUCUGGUAAAGAUACCUGUGACUGUUUUUACAUUUUCAUACUCAAAAUUCAAAAAAUGUUUCAAAUAUAAAGAAAAUUAAGAUAUACUGAGGAUAUAUUUUAAAUAUUUAAAAGUGAUCCUGAAACCCACAACUCUGGCAGUAUUUCUCUAUUAGGUUAAAAAGCUGGCUUAAAAAAAAAAAAAAAUUGGGGCUGGGUGUGGUGGCGCAUGCUUUUAA